AUGUCCGGCUUCAACUCCGCCAAGCAGGCCAAGGCGCGGGAUCUGAAGCACCGCGUCCUCACCUGCCUCCACAAGCUCUCCGACCGGGACACCCACUCCGCCGCCGCAUCGGAGCUCGAAUCGAUCGCCCGUACCCUCCCCUCCGAUGCCCUCCCCCCGUUCAUCUCAUCCAUCUCCGCAACCGACUCCUCCGACAGAUCGCCCGUCCGCCGCCACUGCGUCAGGCUCAUCUCCCAGGACCAGAGCGCCCAAACCGGCGCCGCCCUGUGCCUGGCGGCGGUAAUCGAGGGUUCCCGAGAUCCGGACGCUGCCGGCCUGAGGAGAUUGCUGCCGAGGCUCGAGAAAUUGGCCAAAUGCGAGAGUUUCAAGGCGAAGGCCGCCCUAAUGGCGCUGAUCGGGAAUGUGGUCGAGGUGAGAGGAGUGUUGGGUGGCGGUGGGAAAAAUGUGGUCAGAAAUCUGAUCGCGUGCCUGAUGGAUUUUCUGAGCAGUGAGGAUUGGGCGGCGAGGAAGGCGGCAGCCGAGGCACUUACGAAGAUUGCAGCCGUGGAACGAGACAGCUUGUCGGAGUAUAAACUCACUUGCUUGAAGACUUUCGAAGCAAAGAAAUUUGAUAAGGUGAAGGCAGCAAGAGAGACAAUGAACCAGAUGAUAGAGACUUGGAAGCAAAUUCCAGAUCUGCUUGAGGAGAUUUCAGUGCCGCCUGAAUCAGAAGCUUCAUCCAUAGAAAAUGCUAGCGAUGGACGUUACCCUCCGCGCUCGACAAUAUCCUGCUCUGUUGGGUCCACCACUCCUCGUGUAUGGAAAAAGGCCGUCUCAGACAACCCAUAUAAAAAGACACCAGUUUCUUAUGGUUCAGCUGCUUCCACAGCCAGAAAAAGAACCCCUCUUGGAAAUAACCAAAACAAAACUGGCCCAGCAAUGUUCCGGAAGUUGGACCGAAACUCGAAAGUUGACAGUAUCCCUCAAAGUGCUUCUUUGGGCAAGAAGAUUUCAGAUAACGGUCGUCCGAAUGGUCAGGAAGAGAAAAAAGAAGUUGGAAAGACGGACAUCAAACGAGCUAUUCUCAAUGGAAAUGACCAAAAGAAGAGGCUUGGUCUGUUUAAAGCUGGCGCUCGAGUUACUCCAUGUUGUGAUGACAGUGUGGUCACUGAUAAUGGGACUGAGAAUGGUCUCAGCCUCAGGAAUCAAAAAGAGUGUGACGAGCUUACUAUGAUCCGUAAGCAGCUUCUUCGAAUUGAAAGUAAGCAGUCCAAUUUGAUGGACCUUCUCCAGGGAUUCAUCGGGAGCUCACGAAAUGGUAUGCAUUCCCUCGAGGCACGUGUCCAUGGGCUCGAGCUUGCUCUGGAUGAAAUAUCAUUCGAUUUAGCCGUCUCGACCGGGAGGAUGUCCCGAAUUAGUCCCUCCGGGGGAUCCAUGUGCUUCAAGCUACCAGGUACCGAGUACUUGAGCUCAAAGCUGUGGAAAAAAGCAGCUCCUCCUCCUCCUCCCUCAGCUUCUUGGGUACCCACACACUGGGGUAGAACCAGUGAAGGAUUUCCAGUGGAAAAUAGGGGGUUUUUGCUGCAAAGUGGGCGUGGGGUUAUUGUGAACCCGUUGGCCAAACUGCCCAGUGGCUCUGUGAGAUUUUCAGAAGUUUCCUCGAGCGGGGGUGUGAAUAAAAUUGCUGUUUGA